AUGUUUGCUAACAAAUUAGGUCAAGUUGACUUAUGGACCAAAAGCAGUACUGGAUGCGAGUGCAGUUUUAAUUCAUCCAGCAAGGAUUGUGCUUGUUGCGUUCCAUCUGGUGGUUGUAGUUGUGGCGCAGCUUCACCGAACAGAUGUGCUCAAUGUGGCUUAGAACAACAUUGUGCCAAUAUGUGCAAUAUAACAUUGGACAGCCGACAGUUAUUCAGCAAAUCGGAUCGAGGCUUCGGACAAAUAAAAUCACCGUCUCUACAAGGACCCACGAGGUGCACCUACAAAUUCAUACCAGAUACUGGACAGCGGGUUGAACUACAAAUUUACAGAAUAAUAUCUAUUGGAAAGCACAAUGGAACAGCGUGCGAGGGUGGUUGGCUUCAACUUCAGGGAGGAGCUCGAGUUUGCGGUCGUAACGAACGAUUCGACCCACCAAUCGUUCUCUUUUCCGACAAGUCCGUAGCUAUUUUACACAUGCAAAUUAACGAAAAUACAUCAAGGUCGCAGUUCCUGGCAUAUUUCAGUUUCGCGUCAAACGCAAGCACGUCCGUUGGAUAUCCAGUCCGAGGGGGCACGCCUGUAAAUAACACAGAAUGUGACUGGGUCUACGAGGAUAUGGAUUGCCCCAGAGAUUGCGUCCUAGCUAGUCCUGGAUAUCCUGGUGUCUAUGCACCGAAUACUCGAUGUCGUUACCUGAUCACUUCCAGUCGACAGGUCUCCAUCGCCAUCAACUUUACCGCAGUCUUAAUGCCGCAUAAUCAUUGUACAAACGAUUAUAUUGCUGUCUACUCUGGAUCAACGACCACCAGUCCACUAUUAAAAAUGCUGUGUGGAAAUGACAAAGCUUACGUUGUUCAUACAGGGCAAAAUCUUCUCGUAGAAUUUCGAUCUGGUUUUGAAGUUCCUCCCUAUAACUACAAUGGUUUCGCCGCAACUCUCAGUUUUUUGGAACUGACAACAGAAGCUCCUACCACAGUUACAAUGGAGAGCACCAACAGAACGCUCGAAAUGAUUAGAUCACCGAGCAGCAGUAAUAAUCACGAUAUGAGAUACACAAAUCGUGAUCUACAAGGCCAUCGGAAAGAUGAGGAAUCCUCGAUGAGUUGUGAAAUGGAAGUCAGUGGAGAUAAAAUCCGAGCUGGACAUCAUGACACCCGGGGAAAAUUGAAGUCUACAACAUGUCGCCUUAUCCUCCGAGGACGUGUUUACGACACUGUACAUGUUUCUCUAAUCGGCUACAAUCUCAGUGCUCCGUCCUGUAAAUCUUCCGUAGAGGUAAUCGAUGGGUCUCAGGAAGGAAGCGUUCCAGGCAGCAUCAAGUCACUCAAGAGGAUUUGUAGCCCAGCUCAGAACCCCCCCCCCCCAUUAUUUAUAGGUCAACAAAGUUAUGUUGAAGCAGAGAGGUACUCAUCGACUGGUAGAGAAAUGACUGUUAUUUUAAAACGAGCGGCAGAUAGCCCCAAUGAUGAAGAGUAUAUGGAUGUUUCAUUUUAUUUUCACGAUGAACGUGAAGGAGGAACUCGACAGCCAGAAAGUGUUUGUGAUGUUGAAUAUUACGGACUAACAUCUCCAGCGCAAGGCUCCGUCGUUCAUCCGGAACCACACAGAUUAUUCGUCAAAGACGGGCCUGUAAAAUGUCGACAGCUCUUUAUCCCAGCUGCCAAUCAAUCAGUUAUCAUAACAGUGGAAAGUUCAGAAAAGGAAAUUCGUGAUCAUCCAUGUUCAACCGAAUGUGGGGACAGCGGAUGUCGAUGUACAAUUAAAGCAAACAGAAAUAAAACCAUGGAUGAAAUCGACCAUUUACUGCUUGUAUCUGACACUGGACAUGUAGUGCAUUGCCUGUGUGGGGAUUACCAAGGUUGGUUACCAGUUGGUAUCCGCAGUUCAACACCUGUUUACAUAGAGUGGUCACGGUUUUCGACAACUGGACUUACUUUCAAAGCCGGCUACAAGUUCGCCGAAGAUGUCUUUUGCAAGGAUCACGAAACCGCGAAACCUGAGGGAGAAGUUCAUGUUGGUGAUGCAAUCAACGUAGGGUUUAAACUUAAUCAAUACUACCAACAAAGGUGCACAUGGAUUUUGGUUUCACCUACCAACCGUCUGCUAACCAUCGAAAUUGAAUCAACCCAGAGUCGGCCGUGCACAGCAUGGAACCUGACGAUACACGAGUAUAAGAAAAAGGGUAAUCCGGAAGGACCUAGGCUCUACACUUUCUGCUCCAGGGAUGGUCACAGAAGUUUCACCCUUCCUGACGACGUAAACAACGCGAUAGUUAAAUUACAAGCACUCGGAAGAACUGCACCACAGUACACAAUGAAGUGGAGAAGUGAGACAAAUUCAACAUUGAAUCGGAAAAAUGGACUGUCACCUGUUACAAAUCAGUUACCAGGAAGCUCAAAUGGAAUUCGCCCUAGUGCCAAAAAUCUUGUUACAUUUCUAACAAUUGUCUUUGGCUCCAUCACUUGUUUCAAUUAUAGAUCAGUGUGAUUAUGCCAAAUUUUUUGUAACAUAAAUCUGUAAAGUGUGGGAAACUUCUUUUAAGAAAAAUGUAAAAUUAUGCGAUCACGUAUAGAAAAUAAUAAUCAAGGGACGAAAUUAUUAUAUGGAAGACCCUCGUGCUCACUUUCAGAAUCAUCACAAGCCAUCACAUAGUCUGUAAUGUGUUCGAUAUCACACUCACGAGUUAUUAUACUAAAAAGAAAUUUAUUUGCACCUAGGUUUACUUCACAAAUGAAAUUAGCACUGCAAAAAUGAAGUCUCGCCCUUUCUUAGAGGAAAAAGUUACUAAAAAAUAUGAAAAAAAUUCUACUCUUAAGUCAAUGUUUAUUAUUAUUUUAAAAACCAAAGCUUAUACCAUCAUUUCCCGCAAGAGUUGAUUUUACUAAAAUAAUCAUUAAUUAUAAUUGGAUUUUUCGACUAUUACUAUCAGUUGAAAUUCGGUCGUAAUAAGACGGAUUUAAUAAACACCAAUCAAUUUUUAAUAAACC